UGAUGACAGGAGGGCGCCGUCUCCCGAGUGAUGGCAGCUCACGCUGCUGCCUCGCCGCCUCCGCCGCUCAGUCCUGAGAUCCUUACGUCAGGGUAGCUGGGUCCCCCCUCCGCCCGGGAGCCAGCGAGCAGCGGGCGAGCAGAGCGGAGCGUGCGGCAGAGCGGAUCCCUCGUCCCGCCGAACCCCGCCAAGCCCCGCCAACCCCAGCAGAGCAGGAGCCAGCGCGGCUGAGCCGACACCGGACGCCUCUCCCGGACACACCAUUCCCCAACAGCCGCCACCCGGAACCCGCCGGGGCGCCGGGCUCGUCCUGGGCGCCCCUAGCCAUGCGUGUCGGGCUCUUGGACUCUCCAGAUCAGUUCCAGCGCGGUGGCCUCGGAAGUCCGGGACCGGAUACCUCUCCUUGAAAUAGUUGGGUGGCCGAGACAGGGGUCUCCACGUCGGGGACUCGGCGGGGACCCGCGGAGUUGGCGUCCGAGCGCUCAGAGCGGGGCCACCCGCGCCGCUCCACCAUUACCUCUCCCGGCGGCAAGGAGGAGCUGGUGGCGGUCGCCUCCCGGCUGUGGCAGCGGCGGCGGCGCGCCUGCUUGGCGGCCGUCGGCGUGCUCCUGGCCAUGGCACUGGGGCUGCUGAUCGCGGUGCCUCUGCUGCUGCAGGCGGCGCCCCCCGGCGCGGCUCACUACGAGAUGCUGGGCACCUGCCGCAUGAUCUGUGACCCGUACAGCGUCGCUCCCGCAGGGGGACCCGCGGGCGCCAAGGCUCCACCGCCGGGACCCAGCACCGCCGCCCUGGAAGUUAUGCAGGACCUCAGCGCCAACCCCCCGCCCCCGUUUAUCCAGGGACCAAAGGGUGAUCCGGGGCGGCCAGGCAAGCCGGGGCCUCGGGGCCCCCCUGGAGAGCCAGGGCCGCCUGGGCCCAGAGGUCCCCCGGGGGAGAAGGGCGACUCGGGGAGGCCAGGGCUGCCCGGACUGCAGCUGACGACCAGCGCGGCCGGUGGCGUUGGAGUGGUGGGCGGCGGAGCCGGGGGCGGCGGCGACACGGAGGGAGAAGUGACCAGUGCGCUGAGCGCCGCCUUCAGCGGUCCCAAGAUCGCCUUCUACGUGGGGCUCAAGAGCCCCCACGAAGGCUACGAGGUGCUCAAGUUCGACGACGUGGUCACCAAUCUUGGCAAUCACUACGACCCCACCACCGGCAAGUUCAGCUGCCAGGUGCGAGGCAUCUACUUCUUCACCUACCACAUCCUCAUGCGCGGAGGCGACGGCACCAGCAUGUGGGCGGACCUCUGCAAGAACGGGCAGGUGCGAGCCAGCGCCAUCGCCCAGGACGCGGACCAGAACUAUGACUACGCCAGCAACAGCGUGGUGCUGCACCUGGACUCGGGCGACGAAGUCUACGUGAAGUUGGACGGCGGGAAGGCUCACGGCGGCAACAACAACAAGUACAGCACGUUCUCGGGCUUCCUCCUGUACCCGGAUUAGAGGCGCAGAGGGGCGCUCGGGCCGCGCCCUCCCCACAGGGGCGCGCGGCUCUUCGGGUGAAUGCCACUCUGCGGCUUCAUGACACUUCCUGGCAUCUCCGUUGGAAAAAGACACAUCCCUGCUGUCCUACUUGUCCUGCCUCGGGCCUCAGUGUGUCUGUGAUUCACCACGCUCCGGGGAGGCUGUGUCCCUGGUCCCGGUGCCCAUCCUGGGGAGGGAGAGGGAGCACCCAAGUGGGGAGUUGGGCGAGAACCUCAGCUCUGGAGGGUAUAGUUGUGGGAAAGCCCAGACAGGCUGCUGGACAGGCCGCCCCAGGGAGCCCGAGGUCUCCCAGCUAGCCUCUUCUUCCUAGGGUUCCAGGUGAAGAGCAGCAGGCCCCACCAGGAAGAUAAGACCCAGGUGAACGCCAUGCUCUGGGACCUCCCUUUUUGUGACCCAAAAUGCCUGUGCAGUUUUUCCUGUCCAUCAGCCGAAAACCCACCCCCAGCAGAAUUCCAACAGACAGAAAAUUCACCUUGCCACGCACAAUCUCCACACUCUCCCCCUCCAUGCAUUAAAUUAUGUUUUUAGA